CUCCUCUUCUUCCGGUAGGCUGUCCCGCCACAAUCCUCCUCUUCUUUUUUUCUUCGUUCUCCGGGAUCCUUCACUCCUUCAUUCUUUCCGUCCUAUUUCUCUUUCUUACGACCCUUUUUCUUUUUACCUUUCAAUUUCCGCACAACCUUAGUGUCUAUCUGAACUAGUUGAUGUCCUGGUGACAUUACGGUAACCGCGAGAAUCCUCAACUUUUAUUGCUAGCUGCAGUCGGUCUUUCAACUACCUCAGCCCUACCGAGUUCCACGAUCGUUCUACCUCCCCAAUUUACUCCAAUCGAUAUCGAAUCACCGGAUACUUUUUCGCAAUGCUUCUCCCGCGGCUUUCGACGCUGCUAGGCCUGGUCGGUCUGGCGGCUGUGCCAGCUGCCAACGCCUACGAUGGCGAUGACAACAUCAAGAGCAUUCCACUCCGAACUCACAGUCUCGCUCCACCAUAUCUGGAUUCGGACUUCCAAAGCCGCUGGUUCGAUUUUGGUGGUGAUACUAUCAUCCGCGCCGACAAAUAUGUUCGUCUUACCGCGGACCGACCGUCGCAGCAGGGGUGGAUCUUCUCGCGUGUCCCCCUCACCGCUACCAACUGGGAGAUCGAGGUCGAAUUCAAGAUCCACGGAAAUGGCAAUCUGCACGGUGAUGGGUUCGCCAUGUGGUUGACCAAGCAGCGCGCGACGCAGGGCCCCGUCUUCGGAUCGACCGACAACUUCGAGGGUCUGGGUAUCUUCUUCGACACAUACAAGAACAACCGCCCCGGUACCUCGUUCCCCUACGUCAUGGCCAUGAUGGGCGACGGCCAGACCACCUACGACCAGGCGCAUGACGGCAAGGCCAACGAACUUGCCGGUUGCUCUGCUCGUGGCCUCCGAGGCGCCUCCAUCCCGACCAAGGCCCGUCUGACCUACUUCCAAGACAAGACGUUGACCCUGGACCUGCAGUACAAGUCGGAGGACACCUGGAACAACUGCUUCACGCUGGACGCCUCGGAAUCCAACAUCGCCAUCCCCUCCGUCGCCUACCUCGGCUUCUCCGCCGAGACCGGCGAGCUGAGCGACAACCACGACAUCGUCUCCGUCAAGUCGAACAACCUGUACGGCGUCGGCGGCGGCCGCAGCAGCUCCACCGACAGCAAGCGCGCCAGCAGCGCCAAGAACGACAGCGGUCGCGUGAAGACGCGCGCCCAGAAGAAGAAGGGCAGCUGGGGUUGGUUCCUGUUCAAGACUCUUCUCUUCUUCGCCGCCAUCGGAGGUGCCUAUGUCGGAUAUACCAUCUACCGCACCAAGCAGAGAUACUCGAGGUUUUAAAGGAGAUGUAUGUGGAGGCUCUAUACAAAUUGAAUGAAAACGAACCAAAAACCAAAAAAAAGCGACGAGAUCAACCAGCUUCGUCUAUAUUUGCGCUCUUUGCAUAGCCAUGUCAUGUUUGUAUCUUCGGUUUUUCUUUAUUGUUGAGACGAAAUAAAAGUUUCACGUGCAUCGUCC